UUAAUUCUGCUACAUUUCAUUUUAAUUUGUUUGAUUAGACUAAAUGUUAUCAAAAAGUCAUAACAGUUAAUUAAUCUAGGCGCUACCUAUUUGUAAUUCUAUAGAUCUAAAUCAAACAAAUUCCAUCGUAUCCAAUAAUCGGAUAUCAAUAUCGAUUAUACAUUUCCAAUGAACAUGCCUCCGUGCGUCGGACACGAUAACUUGAAUAUAUUUAUAACAAACAAUUUGUUCCUGAUAAGAUUACAUUAUUCAAACUGCGGCUGACACUCGGCGCAAUCUUAUCGAGCAAAUCGCGAGUACCCAUUCCGCUGACAGCAGCGGGCGCUUACAAAACAAAAAUACUUGAAGAAAACAGUGCAAUAAAAUCCUAGGAAACAUAAACAGAAAGCAAAGUUCCGAAACAAAUUGUGCUUUAUUCCAACAUUAUAAAGUCGAAUUUUCUGCGGCAGUGCCGAUGAUUUUAAUUUUAAGUGGGAUAAUGUGUUCAUUUGUGAUGUUAAAACUUAGAGGAUUUAAAGCUUCGUUUAAUUUGUUAUCGGGAAAAAAGCAUGGCGGGGAAAAAUCUGACAAGUCGUCUGAUAUACCUGUACUGGGCGCUUAUAGGAGGAACAAGGAGGAAUAUUAUGUAGUCAACAACAUUCCUAAUAAUUCCCCAAGAAAGUUAACACCUACAAUGACGAAUUCAAAUCAACAAAGGCAAAUUAUCCAACAUUCCAAAAGUACCAGCGAUUUAUUAAGUGUUGACGACAUACAUCAAAACACUAGAAAAAGCACAAGCGACAUACCAUCUUUAGAACGCGAAAGAAAAAAAAGCACAGAACAUAGUAAACGAGAGAAACCACCACGUAAACGAGACAAUAUAAAGAAGUUGACAAAAGAUACAAAUGAACAGCCACAUCAAGACAAACCAAGAAAAGAGAAGAAGAAAGGCCGCGCUCCCAAACCACCUACAAUACCGCAACACUCCAGCAACAUUCUGGAAAGUUCCAUCAGCAGGAGCAGCGGACCACCGCCAUACUCAGCUGAAGUGGUGCUCAAUCAGAACGAUAACACUGGCAACACCAGCUUUAGUAAACCAUUGGAAGAGAGUAGUUGGGACCUUGUAUUACAACACAGGGAACAAUUAAACAGACCACAGACUAAAUCUUCUACAAAGCCAAAGAGUAGGGUCCUUGAUUUAAACUAUAAUGCUGGUAUACAGACUUCUGUGGAGGUUAAAAACAAUAGUGAAGUAUAACUAGAACACAAUUUUAAUGCGUUCACAAUAACACGAGAUGCGCGUUAAAUGCAAAGCUGUACUAUGUGAUGUGAUAAACCUAUUUUAUGUUCAUUUGUAUGAUAAGGCUGUGGUGUUUUUAUGACGUCACGGGUUGCAAAUAUGACGUCAACACUCGUGUCUUACGCAGAUUGACAGAUUUUUUCCAACAAAAUUACCUAGUCUUAUCGCUAUAUUAUUU